AUGGCGACUGGAACAGCGCAGCGUCAACUCUCGCAGAAGGAGGCUGACAUUCAGAUGAUGUUAGCCGCCGAGGUUCAUCUAGGAACCAAAAAUUGCAAUUUCCAAAUGGAACGAUACGUUUUCAAGCGCCGGAACGAUGGAAUAUACAUUAUUAACCUUGGUAAAACAUGGGAUAAACUUCAGAUGGCUGCCAGAGUUAUUGUGGCAAUUGAGAAUCCUCAGGACAUUAUUGUUCAGUCUGCCAGGCCUUAUGGUCAGAGAGCUGUUUUGAAGUUUGCACAAUACACUGGUGCUCAUGCUAUAGCUGGGAGGCACACCCCUGGAACGUUCACCAACCAGCUUCAGACCUCAUUCAAUGAGCCACGUCUUUUGAUACUUACUGAUCCUAGAACUGACCAUCAGCCCAUCAAGGAAGGUGCUCUUGGAAACAUUCCUACAAUUGCUUUUUGCGACACUGAUUCGCCAAUGCGGUAUGUUGAUAUUGGGAUUCCCGCUAAUAACAAAGGGAAACAUAGCAUAGGAUGUCUAUUCUGGCUUUUGGCGAGGAUGGUUUUGCAGAUGCGUGGAACAAUCCGUGCUGGGCACAAAUGGGAUGUGAUGGUUGAUUUGUUUUUCUAUCGGGAGCCUGAGGAGGCUAAGGAGGAAGAAGAAGAGGCUGUUGCACCCCCUGAUUAUGGUAUUGCAGAUUUUGGUGCUGCUCCGCUUGCUGUAGAUCAAUGGGCUCCUGAUGCUCAAUGGGGUGCCUCUGAUGUGGUUCCAGCUGCUGCUGCUGCUCCAGCUUCUAAUGUUGAAUGGGCCCAAGAGCCAGUGGCUUUAGGAGCAGCAGACGGAUGGGAUGCUGCAGUAGCACGACCACCAGCACCUCCAGUUGAAGCCGGUGCACCUCCAGCCUCCGAUUGGUAAUGAGCGGAGCUCUCUCUCGCUCAGAAUUUUGAUUUGUCAUUAUGAGUAGAAACGUCGUCUGAUUAGUCGAGCGUUGUCGAGCGUAAGCUGGUUCAGACACUAUGUUAGAGUAGUAGCACCCAUCUUUUUUUAGUUUCAAAAUUGACUGGGGUAUAAUGUCCACCCUUUUUUUCUGUUUCCAAGUUGACUCGUAUUUUCCUGUUUCCUAGUCCAGUUUUAGAUUUCAAGAUUGAAUUUUUGACUUCAACGUUGGCAUCUUGAUCCAAUUCUUUCUUAGGAUAAAUUAUUCUUACUGUUUA